AUGGCAGCUCAGAUCAGGGCGUCAACCAAGCUGAGAUUAUCAAUUGAUCCAACGGCACCUGUGCCUCGUGGGGCAAGGUUUCAACUAACCUUCAUGACACCAAGAACCUGGGCACUUGUAGGCGGAUCGGUGGGAACUUUGGCAUUAGGGUACUUUGCCCGCCCAUUUUCGACUGGAACAAACAGAAUUUAUGUUUCGGUCAGACGCCAGAACGAUUUCGAGCCAUUGACGUCUUUGCCUAACCCCUUACUGGCCAACUUUUGUAUUUACACAGACCCGCUGUCCCUGCAAGUAUCCGAUGCUUUGAAGUCAAUUGUCAACGACGAGACUCCUUUCCCCGUGAGCUGUGUCGACAUUGAGUCUGAUGAGCCCGACGUCCAGGAUAUCCUUCGCCGCUACGCCGUCAACCGCAUCCCGACGGUUGUUGCUCUGCGUGGUGGCAACCCCGUUUCUUACUUUACCCCCAAAAAUCUUGACAAUCUCGAGCAGAAUCUGAGAAAUUGGAUCGCUGAAAUCGGUUCAUAG